GCUUCCCAGGGGCCAGCCAGCUGCAGUAGGUGUGCAGUGAGCCAGGAGAAAUCAUCAGGAAAUUCCCUAGAUAUUGUAACCCGUGACAGCAACAUCUAAUUAAUCAUCAACUAUGUAACAUGAUCCCUGCCCAUAAUAAGGGGACCUGCUGAAUCUUUGGAAACCUGUCCACUGGCCUUCUGCUGCCAAUUCCUUCCAGACCCAGGGACCUGUGCCUGAGGACCCCAGGCUGAUGGGUGCCUGGCUCUCCUCCCCGGCUGAAGCCGAGGCGCCUCGAGAGACACUUCGCUUCCACGCUAAAGCCAAAGGCGCGCAGGUGCAGCUGGACGCGCUGCGCUGCACUGCGCGCCGGCGCUCCACCUUCCACGACGGCAUCGUGUUCAGCCACCGGCCGGUGCAGCCCGACGAGCGUGUGGCGCUGCGCGUGCUGUGGCACGAGGACUGCUGGUGCGGCGGCCUCCGCGUGGGCUUCACGCGCCUGGACCCCGCGCGCGUGCCUGCGCUCCUCCUGCCGCCCUUCUUGUGCCCGGACCUGGAGCAGCUAAGCCCGACGUGGGCGGCCGUGCUGCCCAGACACUGGGUGUUCCCGGGGAACGUGAUCCGCUUCUGGGUGAACCGCAGCGGCUGGCUCUUCGCCAAUAUCAACGCUGGUCCCCAGCUUCUGCUGCGCAAGGGCGUGCUCACCGGCGCCCCGCUCUGGGCCGUGAUGGACGUGUACGGGACCACCAAGGCCAUCCAGCUGCUGGACCCCAAAGCCAGCGCCUUCCCCACAGACGGCACCUUCAGCACAACCACGCCGUGGGACCUCUAUGUUGACAUUAUGUCUGAGCUUGAUGCCACAGCAGGAGGAGAGUGUGCCAUCUGCUUCUACCGUGCUGCCAACAGCUGCCUUGUGCCCUGUGGUCACACACUCUUCUGCGGCUCCUGCGCCUGGCGAGUCUUCAGGGACACAGCCAAAUGCCCCAUGUGUCGCUGUGAUAUUAAGAUGGUGACCUCAGCAUGGAACCCUACUGCUCUGCGGACUGGCAAAGGCUUCCCGGCGGGGGCGGCAGAUUGGGCCUAGCUCUGAGCCCAGCUCCGGCAGAAGGAGGAGGUGCAGUCAGAAAGUCAGAAAGGCUGGUCAGCAAUAAUUUCAGUAGCAAGAGGGAGGUGGUGAUCCCCCAUCCCCACCAGGCUUGGCCCAGUGGAGCUGAGAGGAGCCUCUCUUUCUGCCCAUACCCAAACUGUCUCUCUAAUGGGGAGCCUAGCUGUAGAAAGUGACUCAGUGAUGGGCUAGGGGACUUCUGGUCCCUCUGCUUAGCUCCAGGUUCAUUUGGGCCCUGUCAGGGCUUUUGGAUGGCCACCGCAGGCCUAGCAGUCCUGGUAUACAUAAGUCCCAUGGUGCUCAGAGUCAAGAACCCAUGUGUGUCAAUGAGGAGGGCCUUUGUUCAGAGAUGGGGAGGCCCGACCUCUGGGUUUACAGCAGAGGAAGUUAAGAAUAUCUGUGUGUCUGCUGGAAGCCCUGCCCACCCUGAGGUAUUGAGAAGUCUGAACCAGAUGCAGGGAGGCAUCUGGGUGGAAUGUUAACAGUGCCGUGCAGAAGCUGCUCCUGCCAACAAGACCUCCAUAAAAUGGAUCCGUUGUUAACCACCUGCCUGCCUUGCUGGGUGUCUGUGAGGUCCCAGUGAGAUCAUGCAUCUGAGGAU